GGUGCGGCGCGCGCGCCCUGGGCGGCACCUCUGGAACCGCGUGGUGCGGCCCGGGCGCGAGGCCGGAGGUGGGCGACGUCCACGCGGGGCCCGGGCAGCGUCCUCGCGGGACUUCCGUGUGGCCGGCUCGUCCUGCGGCGGCUGCCCGGGCUCGCGGCCCUGCGCCAUGUACACCUUCGUGGUGCGCGACGAGAACAGCAGCGUCUACGCCGAGGUGUCCCGGCUGCUGCUCGCCACUGGCCACUGGAAGAGGCUGCGGCGCGACAACCCCAGGUUCAACCUGAUGUUGGGCGAGAGGAACAGGCUGCCGUUCGGGAGACUGGGUCACGAGCCUGGGCUGGUACAGCUGGUGAAUUACUACAGGGGGGCGGACAAACUGUGCCGAAAGGCUUCCUUAGUGAAGCUAGUCAAGACCAGUCCAGAACUGUCCGAGUCCUGUGCGUGGUUCCCUGAGUCCUAUGUGAUUUAUCCAACUAACCUCAAGACCCCAGUUGCUCCGGCACAGAAUGGAAUCCAGCUGCCAGUCAGUAACUCAAGGACAGAUGAGAGAGAAUUCUUCUUAGCUUCUUAUAACAGAAAGAAAGAGGAUGAGGAGGGCAACGUUUGGAUUGCUAAGUCAUCAGCUGGUGCCAAAGGCGAAGGCAUCCUCAUCUCCUCGGAGGCUUCUGAGCUCCUGGAUUUCAUAGACAACCAGGGCCAAGUACAUGUAAUCCAGAAGUAUCUUGAGCACCCUCUGCUUCUUGAGCCUGGUCACCGCAAGUUUGACAUUCGAAGCUGGGUUCUGGUUGACCAUCAGUAUAACAUCUACCUCUAUAAAGAAGGUGUGCUUCGAACUGCUUCAGAACCAUAUCAUGCUGAUAAUUUCCGAGACAAGACGUGCCAUUUGACCAAUCACUGCAUUCAAAAGGAGUACUCAAAAAACUAUGGGAAAUAUGAAGAAGGGAAUGAAAUGUUCUUUGAGGAGUUCAAUCAGUACCUGACAAGUGCUUUGAACAUUACCUUGGAAAGUAGUAUCUUACUACAAAUCAAACAUAUAAUAAGGAGCUGCCUCACGAGUGUGGAGCCGGCCAUCAGCACCAGACACCUCCCUUACCAGAGCUUCCAGCUCUUUGGCUUCGACUUCAUGGUGGAUGAGGAGCUGAAGGUCUGGCUCAUUGAGGUCAACGGCGCCCCUGCUUGUGCUCAGAAGCUCUAUGCAGAACUGUGCCAGGGCAUCGUGGACAUAGCCAUAUCCAGUGUCUUCCCACCCCCAGAUGUGGAGCAGGUGCCACAGCCGGCUGCAUUCAUCAAGCUGUGACAGACCGGAAGGCACAGAGCUGCCUUGGGAAAUGGACAGUGUCCUGCUUCAGAGGAACGUGAAGUGACUGGACUGCUCCUUAUUGGGUCAUGACAGGGAACAGAAUGCAGGGAGAGAACGCGAGAAAAGGAGGCAACUGCCAGAGAGCAGGUGGCAGUGUCAGCAGUGCUGUGGAGACCUCAGGAAACUGAAGACAGUCCCUCAGAGGAGAGAGCCGAACAUUCUUCUAAGGGGAUACAACCGGGGAUUUGGGUACAGUGUGAUCUCAUCCUUUGAACAUUCUGACUCAGGUGGCCCUGGGAGCAGAGCCCCUCCUCCAGAGGAUGGCAGCCCAGGGACCUCUGAGUGUUGUCUCCACCUGCUGCAGCCUUAGUGCCUUAGCUCUGCCUGAUGCAGCCCCACUGUUCGGGACACGGAUGGGACCUUAGAGCGUUCUGGAGGUUGCCGUGUGUUCCCUGUGCAUCACCUCUGAGACACUGCCCCACUAAACUGGACAAACUUGUACCACAGCCUCUGGUUUCAUGCUGUGAGCUAGCCCCUCAGUGAAGGCUUGCUUACCACCUUCCUGAUGGCCUGUGGGUGAGCACCUGCCAAGGGUCCUGUGGAUUGAGCACCAAACAGCAUAUGCUGUUCUCUGCAUGUUCUAGAAACAAAAGCAGCAGGUCUGACGAAUCCAUAAGCAUCAAAUAAGCAUGUGAGAGAAAAAAAAAAAAUCAUGGUAUCUUACUUUACUUAAUGGGUUGGGUGGGUAGGUGUCUCUGAAAUAUCUGUUAUCUGAAAUGUCUCUGAAAUGAUUCUCAAUUAUCUUUGGUUUAAUCAGAAUUCUAAAUGCAAUUUUGCAAGUUCUCUUUUCCUUUACUUUUUCCCUCUUUUGAGCCUUUGUAAAAGUCCUCUCUGGGAGUUAGGAAAGGUAGAAUGCCGCUCCCCAUCCUCCUUAGCUGAAAGCUGUGGCCAGACACGGGUGGCUCUCCCCAUUUCUGACCUCCUUGUGCUCCAAGGACUUUCUGCAGGAGCUGGAGGACCAGGUUCCAUUCCAGGACAGAUUUUGUCUGCUUUUGCCUGUAGGUGACAAGAGAGGUGCCCUUUGAAUGAGGCUGAGUGACAAAAACGUGGCUUUAAGUUCUGCACAGCUUCUGAGAGUCAACAAAAGUGUUUCACGAGAUGUGCUUUCCAUGUCAUGGACCCACUCAUUUUGUAGGCGUCUCAGGAGACGUCUUCAUUAGCAGUGGGAAGGUGUCACUGUGUUCCGUGUGAGCUGAGUAAACAGGCUUUUCUUCCAGAGUAGCCCAGAAAUCACAACAGACAACAAAAGCUACACUUCAUCCCAGAGUGUAGCAUGUUUUUUCCUGGUAUCCAUGUGUGUGCUGCUUUAUUUGUAUUUAUCUGGUAUGUUCUACAGUCAAGUGAGACUUUUACAAAAGAGAAAGAAAAGCAUUUCUUCCUCAGAUAGGAUGAGAUGUGGGAGCUUAUGGUGGGAAACAGAAUGACGAGAUUGGUUAUUAGCACAUGCAGCAGUGGGUGACAGAAUGUGAAGGUGUACAUUGAGGUUAGGUGAAGAAAGCCCCAACUGAUGGGAAUUUGGAAUUAUAGGAUAAAAGGCCUAUGUUUAUCUAGAAUAUGGAUCACAAAGUUUGCACCCAGAGCAAAAUAAAGCAGUCAGUGGUAAGUCCUUGAGGCCCAGCACAGCUGAGGGGUUGGUGUUUGGAAACUUCUGAAAAGGCAGUGAGAUCCAUCACAUCUUGGGAACAUGCACACCCAUUUAGAAAGUGGAGGGUGCUGGGUUCUUGGCUAUUUUGGGUGGUCUGGUGACUGGGAAAGCGUGGAGGACCCAACUCAUAGGGACUUCAGGAGUUUCUGCUGUUACAGCGACUAAGAAUUCAGUUAUUAGUAAGUCUGUGAAUCCUGACAGAUUUUGUAAGAAACCUGAAUGAAAUCAUACUGUCUAUGUAAGGGAAGUAAGGUAUUAAACAAGGUAAAGGGUUGAACUCAUUCCUUACAUGGCUUCAACUAUUUUAUGUAUUUACUUCCCACCAGGUAGGAUUGGCUCUGGACUGUUCCAUACUGUUCCAUGGUGUCCUUGGCACAGAUGGUCGUGUCUGGCUCUCUAGUCAGUUUUCAUAGUUAGUCUGUGUAAAGUGCUGCCAGUUGCUGGGGGAGGAGGCGCUAUUUGUUUGGAGAUGUUGAUUUCACUCGUGGCUCUGUCCUUUAAUUGCCGUGUCAGACGAGCCGAGUAACCUCCCUGUGCCUUAGUUUCUUAUCUCAUGGAGGAGAAGUUGCCUGACCCAGGGACUACCUCAAGGACUUUUCGCGAGAACAGGAGAGAGGAGUAAGACUCAAGGGCCUUUAGCACCAAGGUUCUCAUGCCAACUAUAUGCUAUAAUCGCCUGUGAAAUAAAAAAGUUCAUGCCCCCUUCUACCUGUAGCUAAUUUAGUCAGAACCUCAGGCAGUAAUAUGUCUUAUGCCUUGAGCCAUUACUUGGGAAAGCAAGACAAAUGAAUUAUUACCUUGGAAGAACCAUUUAAGGCUUUAAAUACUCUUUGGAAGGAAGCAAUUCUUUAAGAACAACUAAAUGUUGACAUAUAAGCAUAGUACAAGAGUCGGAGCAGGUUCUCUGUUUCUCCUCACAACAUCUGGAAAAUCAAGCAUGCUUUCAUUUACAUAAGCAGUUUAUAGUCUUGAUAGCAAUUGCAAACACAAGUUUAUAGAUCUAAUAUAAUAUCUAUAUAUAUAUUAGAGUUAUUAAUUAUGGGAGAAAAGCCCCUUUCCUCACACUUCAUUCCUAUGGCAAUUAUAAAGUCCAUUUGCCAAGAAUAUUUAAGUGCCUCGGUGUUUGUAAGAUACAGUGGAGGGGAUGCUGGUGCACGAAGCACUGACGGCAUGUUUUGCUAGCUUCUCAGGGUGAUGCUCACAUGUGUGGGGCACCUGAAAGCACGAAAAAUGGGCUGGGAUCCACAGAACUAACCAGUGUCAGUGAAGUUACCAAGUAUUUUCAUGAACAGUUUUUGUGUUGACGGGUGGAUUCAGCCCUGUUGUGGGUGUAGCAGACAAAGAUGAGGUGCCAAAGUGUGUUGCAUGUAGCAUGUUGAUACUGUCAUGAGAAUUCAGUGGUAUUAUGCCUCUGAUCACGGACAUAGAAUCUGUACCUAAGAGGAAAUGAUUUCUAAAACAAGGUGAUUUUAUGAAUGUCUAAAAUGCCUGGAGCAUUAAAGUAAUGAUAUUUCAAGUGUU